AUGAAAGUUUUUGUGGUGGUUCUUUUGGCGUUGGUGGCCUGUGCCAAUGCCGGGUCCUUGUCAUCGGUGGCCCAACGUUUAAUCCCCAGUUUUGCCACCGGCCACAUUAUUAAGGGCGAGGAUGCUGAACCCCACUCUGCCCCCUAUAUUGUGUCGUUGAGUCGCACUGCCAAGCACUCACACAUCUGCGGUGGCAGCUUGAUUAACAAAAAUUGGGUCCUGACCGCUGCCCAUUGCAUUAGCAAACCAGAGGGUAUGGGUAUUGUUGCUGGUCUCCAUAAACGUACUACCUUCGAUGAAAAGACCCAAGCUCGUGUUGUCGAUUAUGGUGUAGUCCAUGAACAGUAUACCGGUGGUGUUGGUCCCUAUGAUAUUGCCAUUUUGCAUGUGUCGGAACCUUUCGAAUUCAAUGAAUGGGUGAAACCUGUUGCUUUGCCAGCCUAUGAAGAAAUCCACGAUGGUGAGACCCAUUUGUAUGGUUGGGGACAACCUAAGGCUUUCUCAUUCUCCGCUGCCAGUACUUUGCAAACUGUAACCACCGAAAUUGUUGAAUUCAAUAAGUGCAAGGAAGUUUUGCCAGCUGAUGCUCCUCUGCAUGAAACUAAUGUGUGCUCCGAUUCUUUGCAACAAAGCAUUUCGGCCUGCAAUGGUGAUUCUGGUGGUCCAUUGGUUAAGGAAUUCGCCACCAAGGGUGAUGCUGAGUUGAUUGGUAUUGUUUCGUGGGGUUACAUCCCAUGUGGCAUGGCUCAAAUGCCAUCGAUUUAUACUCGUGUCUCUGCCUAUAUUCCAUGGAUUCAAAAUGUCCAAACUUCCUUCUACAUGGCUUAA